CGGGUCGAUAGCGAGAAGGUCAACAUGGACCUGAUGAAGAAGUGGAUCGCGGGGAAGCUCAUGAAGAUCCUCGGCGACGAAGACGACGUGGUCAUUGAGACCACAUACAAUCUCCUUGAACAGCACCGCUAUGUACGAACUUUCCCAAUCACCUUCACUCCAAUUCAAUUGGGGUUUUGUGUUCUUUUACUGACACUGUUUGUUACAGCCAAGGAUCAAGGAGAUCCAAAUCCAGCUCGACGGGUUCCUCGAAAAGGCCUGCGCUCCAUUCUGCAAGGAGCUUUGGAGCCUCAUGUUGAGUGCUCAGUCGGACAAGCACGGCGUUCCGAAGGAACUGUUGGAAGCGAAGAAGCUGGAAUUGAAACAAGAGCAGGUGAGUGAAGCUUGCCAUGGCAAUCAAUUCAUCGAUGACUAUGUACUAAGACUUUCUACAGGCAUCCAAGGCUGCCGCAGAAAACCGUCGUCGCCAGGAGAAGGAGCAAGAAGACAUGGUCAACGCUUUCCGUGAAAGCGAAAGGAGCGAUCGUCGAGACCGCAACGAACGAUCAGAGCGCGGCCAUGGUCGCGGUGGAUUCCGAGGUGAUCGCUCGUUCCGAGGACGAGACUCUGAUCGCGGACCGCCACGUCGUCGUUCCCGUUCACCACCGUGAGUCUCAUUCCAACCAUUUGUCAACUCUGCUAACAGAUCUUUAGAAGACGGAGGCGUUCAUCCCCGCCUCGCCGGGACCGCGACCUCUAUAUCCCCAGUCGUGCGCGUGAGAGGUAUCGCUCUCUAUCAUCUGAUGAUUCACCUGCGCGCUCGCGUUCGCGCUCACGUUCGCCUCGACGCCAAC